GUUGUUUUUCAGUUUUUGGAUUCAGCUUGCAGAUGGCUGGGAAAGAGGUCAUGACGGCGUGUUUAUGAAUUUGUUACGACUGCUCUGUUGUAAAGUGAAAAUUAAUUGAUGUUGUGUUUUUACUGUAUCACCGUCCGAGAAUCAAGACAUACGAUAGACAGAAAUGCUGGUUAGUGACUAUCAAAAGGCACUAUAUGUAACAACUACUUAAUGCAGCAUUGGAGUAGGAAGAAGGGAAUGAUGGGAGAUGACCCACCUUACCUUACAGUUGGCACUGAGGUCAGUGCCAAAUAUAAAGGAGCGUUCUGUGAAGCCAAAGUGCGAAAGGUGGUCAGAAGCGUUAAGUGUAAGGUAACCUUCAAACUUGGCCUUGGCUCAGCAAUCAUUACGGACGACCAGAUCAGAGGCACGCUCAGGGUUGGCUCUGUGUGUGAAGUGAAACAUCCUGACAAGAAAGAGUUUGUUGAAGCCACCAUAAACAAAAUACAAGAUUGUAGCCAGUACACUGUUGUUUUUGAUGAUGGUGAUAUCACAACACUGAGAAGAACUGCCCUCUGUCUCAAAAGUGGUCGUCAUUUUGCUGAAAGUGAGACGCUGGACCAAUUGCCACUAACACACCCCGAGCACUUUGGAAAUCCAGUCAUAGGAGGCCGGAAAGGAAGGCGAAGCCGUCAAACACACGAUAACAGUAGUGAUGAUGAAGAUAGCCCAAGGAGAGGGAAGAGGAAAGAAGAAAAGGAGGCUGAUAUCGGGAAAGUCGUAUGUGUGGAACUCGGAGACAAGAAGAAGCAGAAAGAUAACUGGUUCCCAGGGUUGGUGGUGGCCCCCACGGCUCAAGAUACAGUACGAAUACGAGUCCGUGAAGAGUACCUUGUGCGCUCCUUUAAAGAUGGACGAUAUUUUACAGUACCAAAAAAGGAAGCCACAGAAUUUACAAGAGAAAUUGGGGCAAAAGUGGAUAAUAAUACUCUAAGAACUGCAGUGGAGAAGGCCCUUCUGUUCCUGGACAGGGAUGAACUUCCACCACACUGGGAUCGGGACCUUUUAUUUGGAAUGGAUGAGAGUAGUGGCAAUAGUGAUAGUGAUGGAGGGUUUGAUUCGGAUAGUUCUGAUGAUGAACCAAGGGAAGAAAAAGAUCACUUUGUAGCUCAGCUUUAUAAGUUUAUGGAUGACAGAGGUACACCAAUAAACAAGGGACCCAUCAUUGGCAAUAAAGAUGUGGAUCUGUACAAACUAUUUAAGGUUGUUCAUAAGUUGGGUGGAUACAACCGAGUUACAAAUCAAAAUCAGUGGAAGAUAAUCUCCCAUAAGUUAGGUUUUGGUCAAGGUAGUUCAAGCAUUGUGAAUCUCGUUAAACAAGCAUACAAAAAGUUCCUGCAUAGUUUCGAAGAUUUCUAUCGGAAAUUGGGUUGCACGAUGGUGAACCAUCCUCGUGGCAACAGGUCAAGACAUCGAUCGGGUCGGAGUCUUAUUAGGGACCGGGACCGUGCAACUCCUAUUAAUUCAUUAAAGGAUAAGGAAAAGCCUGCUACACCAGCAGCUAUUGAAAAAGUUCCUGAAGUUUUGGAAAAGGAUAAUUCUCAGACUGAUAAGAAGGAUGAUACAGAAAAGCGUGGUGAAACUGAGAAGAAAGAAAAGUUAGAGGAAACGCCUAAACAAAAAUGUCAGAAGAAAGAUAAACACAAGCAAAGGGAAGAGAAAGCUGAUGUUUCAAGUAAAGAAGAGAAGAAAUCUGAGAAAGUGAAAGCAAAAGACGUUAAAGAUGUGAAGGGUGAGGACAUGGUGAUAGAGAAGUCUAAAGUGAAGGAGGAGAAGCCUAAAACAAGUGACACAAUAAAAGAUGAAUCUGAAGAGAAGGAAGAAAGGUUACGGGUAAGAGAGUCACAUAAAGAUGAUAAAGGGAAAGAAGUUAACUCUCGAGUGGCUCUUGAAGAUGACAGUAGCAGCAGUAGUACAAGUAAGACUGAGAAUAGAAGUACUGAAGAGUCAUCGAGGUCACGGUUGGUUCCAAAUCCGGUUACUCAGCUAUCCCAAAAUGAGCCAUGUUCUGAAGAGAAAUUGAAACAGAAUGGAAAUGGAAAACAGAAACCAAAGGAUACUAAAGCAAAAAAAGAAGAAAAGCUCAAGACACUUGGAGAAAGGGCACGAAUUAGAGAAGAGAAAAGCGAGACAAAACAGAAAGAUGAAAAGGUUAAAGAAGAAAAGUCAAAAACAUUAUUAGAAGAAGAAAAACUGGAUGAGGCAAAGAAGAAACCUGAGAAGAAAGAAGAUGAGGAGAAGCAAACAAGAUCAAAAUCUAAAGAGGAUUUACGUCAGAAGAAGGAUACAGUAACUCCAGACCGGCGACCAAGUGAAAGUCGCACUCCUGUGAGAGAAUCUGAGAAGAGGGUCCCUCCCCGCCCCAAGAAAGAAGAAGAAAUGGUUCUUGCAUUGAAAAAGCGUGGUCGCAAACGUAAAGAUACUGAUGACAAAUCCAAAUCAGAAGAAAGUAUGGGUCAGUUGGCAAGUUACAUCUCAGUUGGUGUAGGAGACAAGUUGAAAGUUUACUAUGGUCCAACACAUGAAUCCAAGGUCACAUAUGAGGCGAAGGUACUAGAUAUUGAAGAGGAUGGAAACGAGAGUGCGUAUCUGGUGCAUUACACGGGUUGGAACACUCGCUACGACGAGUGGAUCAAACGGGGGAGAAUUGCUGACAAUCUGAGUUGGACUCCCUCUAGAGCCAAACGCCUCAGGCACCAGCAAGCACAAGCACAGCUCAAGGCUUCUAAACCAGUAUUGGGUAAACGAGGUCGACCAUCAGUUUGUGGCAGGACACCUGAUGUGCCAAAUGUGCAACAUCAGCCACCCCGCUCUACAACACCAUCCUCGGUAACAUCAUCCUCAAGUCGCACCAAGUCACCAGCAGCGUCAGCUUCUGCUUCUCGGUCAAGUGGUAGCAGUCGUAUUACCCGUAAUACCAGUGAUCCCAACAGUAUGGUACCAGGGCCUUUGUUCCGUAGGCGCACACGUAGAAUGUCUGGACACACAGAUAUUUCCAUGCCGUCAGAGUCCGAGAGCGAAGAGUAUGAGUCUGAAGUAGAGAUUGAGAUAGAACCAACACAAACCAGAAGUAGAACUGAAAAGAGAAAUUUCUUAGCAGAGAAAGAAGAAGCAGGUAAAGACAUUUCUCCAAAAGAAGAUGUGAAGAAACUAGAGAGGCCAUUUAGGCGGAAAGCGGGGAAAAGAAAAGAAGAGGAAGAUGAUGAAGAUAAGGAAAGUUCAAGAGAAGAUGAUAGCAUAGAUCUUAUUCCUGAUGUAGAUGCACCAAUUGAAGUGUUGCCAAGUUCAGAGAAGAGGCGAAGCAAACGAACAAAAAAGAUGUCAGUCACUCCUAUCAUUGACAAGAAGCCAGGGGAUGUGUCUAAAUUUGAGGUCCCAGUGAAACAAGAACCUGGCACUGAAAGCGAAGAGGAACAACCAAAAGGAAGAGAUUUUGAUCUGAAUCAGAUCAGAUCAGAGCUCAAAGGAAUUGAAAAGGCUGUAAAGCUGUCGCAGGAUGUGAUGCAUCGAGGAGAACAGAAAUGCUCACAGGUGAUCCUCGAUGAUAAGACGGGGCUUAUAGAUGUUAGGUGCAAAUCAGAGGAGAAGGAGGAGGAUAAGGAAGUGCAGUCUACUACUGUAGAUGGAAAGGUUCCAGAAAAGACAGAAGAUCCAAGUGCUGAAGAUAUAUACGAGUUCAAGGAACCUGAACCAUUUGAAUUUGAAGUUCGAUCAAAACGGGACACACUGUUGGAUGAAAGGGCUGGUAAACUGAACAGGCGACUGAGGAUCUUUGAUGAUGUUGUUGGGCCCAAAGAAGAAAAGUCUCUUAGAAAGAAGCUUAUUAGGUCUACCGUGGCACAGAAGACUGAGGGAAAAGAUGAUACACCAUUUGAAGGAGAAGUGAAAAAGAGGUUUAAACGUUCCAUCACUAAGAAGGUAGACACUGUUGCAGAAUCAAAAAGAAAGGAAAUGGUACUCACAGAUGAACUUAAGCUCUCUCCUGCCAAAUCUUUGCCAUCUGAACCAGUCACUCCACAGAAAUCUCGCCCAUUGUUGGCAUGUGAAGAAGCUUUUGACAAAUUGUGUGAAUCCCCAUCAUUUCACGUGACCUCUAAGCCAUGUGAAAACCGAGCAUCUAGCCCAUUGGCAUCAAAAGCUAUAAAGCCUCUUGAACUAGAACCCCUUAGUCUUUUCAGUGAAUUGCCAGGUGAGGGGCCUGAUGAUGAUGGUGAAGAUGACAGUGAAGACCGCCUUGUUAUCUCGGAAACUGAUGAAACAGAAACAGAAACUGAGGAGCCCUUAUUCACGUACCCUCAGCGUCAUCAUGAAGAACUGUUCCCCACUCUGGUGAGUUCUGAAUCUAGUGUUCCUGCUCCUGAACCAACAAUUGCUCCACCUAAAUCUUCUCCUGAACCACCACAACUUCUUCCAAUGGUAGCAGAUAUCUUCACAAGCUUUAGUUCAGGGAAAAAUGAAGAUAUACCACAAAGAGAGACAGAAAACAAAGAAUCAGAGAAUGCAAAUGAACAGUCGUCAGGUGUUCAGAUGAGUGAUGAUGAAAUGAAAUUGCUCUUGAAGAGUGGAGAAGAUGAUGAGUAUGAAGAUGACCCCAUCAAUGCAGCAAUCCAGCGAGUCAUUGAACAGUCCAUGACAGAUGAAGAAUCUGAUGACAUGGAUAUAUUUGGUGGCAAAAGACCAGUUUGCAAUAUUGGUAGCAUACAGCAAGAGUCAAUGGUGGCACCUGAACUAGAGCCUCCAGCUGCUGAGGUACCAAGAAAUGAUUCACUACCAAAGGAGACAGGAAAGAGGAAGACAGGUAGCAGGAAGCCUGUUCUCAGCAAGGAAUUUGUUGAAGAUACAGAUUCAGACAGUGAUAGUAGUGAUGAGGAGGAAAGACUUGUGAUUGCAAAAAUUGAUAAUGAGGAUGACAAUAUGAGUAGUUCAUCAAGUCAGUGCAGCCUGAAAUUACAUGUAAGUGAAUCAUCUGACUUUGAAAUUAAACUUCGUUUGAGUGAUAGGGAUGAAGACAGUAAAACAGAAGGUGAGGAAAGUGAGAGAAAGCCGCAGGUUAGUGAUACAUCUCUCCAUGUUACAACAGUAGUAGAGAAAGAUAUUGAAGACACUGGAAAAAAUGAUGGGCCAGCAGAAACAAGUCGCAGUGUGGAUGAAGGUGAAAGUACAGCUACAGUUAAAACUGAUGAAGUUACUACUAGUGUACAGGAUGUAGGACACACUGAGUUUGCGAGUGCUGUUGUGGCAGAAUCUAAUCCUUCACAAAGGAUGGAAUGUAUUUCACUUCCAAAUUCAAAUAAAGUGUCAGAAGAAGGUGAUGUUGACAUUUUAGUUUCUGAACAACAAACACCAGUGGAGAAAUCAGAUGAAAGUGAAAAGUGUGAAGAGGAAGCAGAGAGCAAUUUACGAUCAUUGUUAUGUGAAGAGACCAUUCCUGGUAGUCCAGCUCCAGCCAGUGAUUCUGCACAAGCCAUUGAGAUAUGCAAUGACGAGCCAGAAGAAACUAAAACAACAGUAUUAGAAAUGCCAUUUGCAAGUGCACCAGGCAGCAAUUCCACAUCAAGUUCAAAUAAUGGGAAGUCUUCAGCAUCUGUACCCAUCUUUGCUUCCCCUUCAGUUGUUGAACCUCCAGUAACCACAAUCCCAGUAACAGUAGAUCUGUCUGCUCCUGUCCAGAUGCAAACUGUAACUACUGCUGCAGCCCCCACCGUUUCUCCUCUGUUGCCUCGACCACCUCAGGUACAGGUACAGGUGCAGGUGCAGCAUCCUGCAGUUCCAGUUGCAGGCCCAGGCCCUGGGUCAGGUAUUCAAGGGUCUGGUCCAGGUGUUUCCAAAAGAAAUUCAAAUGAAGCUGCCCCUGUAAUGGAUAAUACUCCGCCCACUACACCUGACAGUAGCCUUUCUACGAUAUCAGGCUCACCCAGAGAAGAGCGAGAUGGAAUGUCACCCACUCUGGACAAUGAAAGCUCGAAGUCACAUAGGGAUUCAUUUGAAAUAGACCUUGACAGCUGUGCAGAAGGCAACAAAGUGGACCAUUAUAGUGAAGAAGACUCUCUCCUUAACAUUGAUGUUUCAAACUCCAGUGAGAACAGGUUACGAGGUCUUAAAUUGUUGCCAAAGAAACCUUGUUCUGAACUUGACAAGGAGAUGGAUUCUUCACGUAAGAAACGGAGGCGUAGCAGGAAGAGGUCAGAUUGUGAAAGUAACAAGAGGUCUAGACACUCAUCUGGGAGAUCAGUGCGGAAUAUUGGAGGAGGGGGUGGUGGUGGUAGUGGUGGCGGCGGUGGUGGUGGUGGUGGGGGUAGUGAUAGCGAUGACACCUCUGAAAACUCCACUGCAGGUGGUUGUACUCCUUUAACUAGUUCAGAAACAGUGCUGUCCUCAAGGUCACCACGGCCUUCAAAGUACAACUUUUAUGUUGAAUUAGAUCCUGAAUUGGAUGGCACACAGCGUAUUGCCCUGCUGCAACAGAAACUUCAGGAACUAAGGAAAACAUAUAUUAAUGUGAAAGCAGAACUUGCUUGUAUCGACAGGAGGAGAAAGAAAUUGAGGAGAAGGGAACGUGAAGAGAGAUCAACAAAACAGGAAGUGGUGUGUUCGUGAUCCUAAUUUUUCACAUUCAUCCGAGUGAGUCCAUGCAGUGAGCAAGUGCAGGUGAUUUCAUAUUACCAUUACAUGUGAAGGUCAAGAGAUAACUGCACAAACUGUAGUUUUAUAUAAAAGCAAAAUAUUUUCAUGGCAAAUGUACAAAUUUAAUACUAGGGGUCUGAUGUUUGAGUAUUGCAUUUUGACCAUCAUGAAAUGGUUGAACACUUACGAAAGCAAUAGGAAUGCUGAAUUGGAACAAUCUGUAUAAAGAUUUUAAAUGAAAGAAUGUGUGAAGUUUGUGGGUUGUAAAGUGUACAGCAGAAACUUUAUGUUCAUUAUUGACCUGGAGUGAAUGAAGUUUUCAGAAUUAACAGAUAACAUGCAUAAUAUCAGUGUUGACAAGCAGUGAGAUUUUAAAAUGGCCAUGAAGUAAUAUUUUAUAAAUUUCUAUUUUUAUGCAAUGCCAGUUUUGCUUUCAGAAGUAAUGGCAUUUAUUGAUGUUUUAUUUAUUUCUUGUGUAGAGCUGAUCAGGGACAUUUAUAUUAGAAGAAUAUGAACUGUCUAAUUAUAAAAUAACAUGUGACAUAGAGGUAAUAAAAGUGUACAGAAAAGCAGAGAACUGUAUUAAUUUUUGUUUUAGAUUAUUGACAUUUAUUCAAAAUUGUUUAAAAACUUUAUUUUAAUUUUGUUGUGAAUUAUCUGUGCAGUUCAGAUCAAUUCAGUUUCCAUAAAUAUUUAUCAUCACUGUUGUCAUAAGAAGCUACAAAAUGUUGGCACAAAUUGGUGUGAUAGUUCUGCCUCUGUUGACUGAUCGCAUUCUGUUUCUUGUUCUUUCAGUAAUAACUCUGCAGUGAAUGAAGUAAAUAAUUUCUUUCUGUGCACAGAUAUUUUUAUAGUUAGUGUAUUAAAUGCCUACUUCUCCCAAGCAUGUCAGUGCUUUGGUACAGAGUUCAAUUUUUAACCUUGUAUUAAUGUUUAUAGAUAAUUUUAGAUUUUUUUUAAAGUAUCAGCACCUAUUAUGUAUGAAAAUGAAAAUACUGGUGAUACAUUUGGCAAGAACAGAAAACAGAUCUAGUUAGAAUCAAAUGUAUGUGUUACUAGCAUUUGGUAUGAUAUUAGAUCUACUUGCUUUCAAAGAACAGGUAAUGAAGAUUCCAAUAGAAAUCACCUACAAAGUAGUUAAACAGUUUUCUGCUUGGUGUAUUGUCACACCAGUCUUAUUUGUCGUUUUUGUCUGCAUUGUAAAUGACAGCUAUGUAAAUGUUUCCUAAAAGGUUAAUAUAUAAAUACAUAUAUUGUUAAUAAAUAAAAUGUAUAGCAAAUUA